AAGUUAAAGAUAUACGAAAUCAUAAUACUUUGUUAGUGGCUUACCAGCGUUCAUUUCCACUAACUGAUUGUCAAAAAAUGGAGGAGUGCCAAUAUCUAUAAUUAAUUCUACAAUUUAUAUCUUCUCCAACUUUCUUUUCUCUGUUUGAAGAUGGGUGUUGAAAAUCUCAACCUACCAAUUUCUUUAAAUUCUUGCACUUAAGUCCCAAGUAAACGUUGUCUUCCCCCUCCAAGUUUUUGCCACUCAACAAACACUGUCUGCUAGCUAGUCUAGAAACCAAACAAUCUGAAAUCCGCCAACAAAUUCGAAUUCCAUAUAUGAGUUCAAGAGGUUCCUGGUCACUUUUCUGCAUCCAUGCAACUUUUUUUCUCCUCUCAUUAUUGGGCUCAAAUUUGCCAUGCUUCAGUUGUUCAUUAAUCUCUAUGCCAUCUGGAAAUGAGACAGAUCAACUAGCUUUGCUUGAGUUCAAGGCUAAAGUGACUGAUGACCCCCUUGGAGUGAUGAACUCAUGGAAUGUUAGCAUUCACUUCUGCCAAUGGUAUGGUGUUACCUGUGGUCACCGGCACCAGCGUGUCACAGUGCUGGAUUUAAGUUCGUUGAAACUUGCAGGUACCAUAUCACCUCACAUAGGUAACUUAAGCUUUCUAAGAAUAUUAAAUCUUCCAAACAAUAGCCUCACUCAAGAAAUCCCUUCAGAAAUUGGUUACUUGCACAGAUUAAAAGCAUUAAGACUGCAAAACAACUCAUUCAGUGGAAAAAUACCUUCCAAUACAUCUGGUUGCUAUGAUCUUCGUUUUCUUAAUGUUGGUCGAAAUAAGCUGGUAGGAGAAAUUCCUACGGAGCUUGGGACUUUGUCAAAGAUUAUGUUUGUCCUUUUACAUCACAAUAAUCUAACAGGAAGAAUUCCUUCUUCUUUGGGGAACUUAUCAUCUCUUGAGGCGCUUUGGCUCUUUGAAAAUAAUUUGGAUGGUGGCAUCCCUAGUGUCCUAGGCAAAUUGACAAAUUUGACCGAUUUCCGUGUGGGUGGAAAUAAGUUUUCUGGACUCAUCCCACCCUCACUCUUCAACUUGUCUUUGAUUGAAACUUUUGAUUUGUCAGAUAACAAAAUUCAAGGGAGUCUUCCCUCUAACAUUGGCAUCAGUCUUCCAAAUAUUCAGCGGCUUUCUCUUUCAUCCAAUCAAUUUAUUGGGCCAAUUCCAGUUUCAAUAUCCAAUGCCUCAACGUUGGUUGAACUUCAACUUCCAGAUAACAAUUUUACAGGAGAAGUGCCUUCUUUGGAAAACCUACCUAGGCUUGAUGUACUCAGCAUCUCUUUCAAUUAUCUUGGAAAUGAUUUGAGCUUCUUAUGCUCGUUGACCAACACUACCAAUUUACGAGUCUUGGCAUUAAAUUUGAAUAACUUUGGAGGAGCAAUACCUGAAUGCAUCAGCAACUUGUCAACUGCUCUUAGCAUCUUGUGGCUGGAUAACAACAUGAUAUCUGGAAGCAUGCCCGGUGGGAUAGGCAAACUUGUCAACCUAGAGGAUCUUAAGUUGUGGAAUAAUCACUUAUCGGGUAAUCUUCACCCUUCUAUUGGAAAACUACAAAAGCUAGUAUUAUUGAAUCUAGCAAUAAACGAAUUCUCUGGAAAAAUUCCUUAUUCUCUAGGUAAUUUGACAUUGGUAACUGAAAUGUAUAUGGAUAGAAAUAAUUUUCAGGGAACUAUUCCUUUAAGUUUGGGAAAUUGCCAGAAUUUGUUGGCACUUGGCCUUUCCAGCAACAGUCUUACUGGCCCUAUACCACCACAAGUUUUUAGCCUUGCAUCCUUAUCAAUCUAUCUCGACUUAUCUGAAAAUAAUUUCAUUGGUGCUCUUCCCAGUGAAGUUGGGAAUUUAAAAAAUCUUGGUCAGUUGUUUGUUCAUGAUAAUAUGCUCUCUGGCAAAAUUCCAGCCGGCCUUGGCAGUUGUGUAAGUUUGGAAAAAUUGGACUUGCAUGGCAAUCACUUUCAAGGGUCCAUUCCUCCGUCUUUGACUUCACUAAGAGGUCUUCAAGAAAUAGAUUUUUCGCACAACAAUUUAUCGGGCAAAAUUCCAGAAUUUUUUGCUAGUUUUAUUCUGCUGCUGAAGUUGAACUUAUCUUUCAAUGAUUUUGAAGGAAUAAUGCCAACAAAAGGAUUGUUCAAAAAUGCAACCAUUACUUCAGUCAUGGGAAAUAGAAAACUCUGUGGUGGGAUUCCUGAGUUUAAGUUGCCCAGGUGUAACUUCAAAAAGAAUGUGAGAUUGACAGUUAAACUAAAGGCCAUUCUUGCUACUGUAGCGGCGGUAUUAGGAAUGGCUUUGGUGCUUUCUGUUGUAUUUCUUUCAAGGCAAAGGAAGAAACAUCAGGAACUUCCUCCAUCCUCUUCAGAUGUUUCACUUUUGAGGUUGUCUUAUCAAAAUCUCCAUGAUGCUACAAAAGGCUUCUCCUCAAACGACUUAAUUGGUGUUGGCAGCUUUGGUUCUGUGUAUAGAGGAAUUCUGGAAGAAGGUGGAGCAGUUAUUGCAGUUAAGGUGCUUAACCUGCAAAACCACAGAGCAAUUAGGAGCUUCGUGGCUGAAUGUCAGGCUUUGAGAAAUAUCAGACAUCGGAAUCUUGUAAAGGUGAUUACUGCAUGUUCAAGUAUUGAUCGUCAAGGCAAUGAAUUCAAGGCUUUAGUUUAUGAGUACAUGGCAAAUGGGAACCUAGAUGAGUGGUUGCAUCCACCUGCUGCAAGUGAUGGCAAUCAAGCGGCACCAAAGAAUUUAAAUCUUCUUCAAAGGCUAAAUAUUGCUAUUGAUGUUGCUUCUGCACUUGAAUAUCUCCAUUACAAUUGUGGAACUCCAAUAGUUCACUGUGACCUCAAGCCUAGCAAUAUUCUUCUUGAUAACGAGCUGACUGGUCAUAUCAGCGAUUUUGGUCUAGCGAAAUUUCGUCUGCCGAGGAUACUAGAGGACUCUACUGAUCAAUCGAGUUCUGUGGGAUUAAGAGGAACUGUCGGAUAUACUCCUCCAGAAUAUGGGCUAGGAAGUGAGGUAUCAACAUAUGGUGAUCUAUAUAGCUAUGGAAUCCUCUUGUUAGAAAUGUUUACAGGGAAGAGACCCACCCAUGACACGUUCAAAGAGGGUAUGAACAUUCACAGGUUUGCAGAAUUAGCUUUACCAGAUAGAGUGGCUGAGAUUGCAGAUCCAAUUCUUCUUCAAGAACGAAAUAAAGCAAAGAGAAAUGGUGAUAUUAUUAUUAUGGAAUGCUUGAUUUCAAUAAUUGGGAUUGGAGUAGCUUGUUCUGUAGAGUUGCCCACAGAGCGAAUGAGCAUUAGUGAUGUUGCCAUGAAGCUUUGUUCGAUCAGAGACAAGUUUCUGCGAACUGUGUGAAUGAACGACUCAUGAAAUGGGAAGAGCUCAACAUGCAAUUAUGUUGUACAUAUGAAGGAUAAUUUUUACCUUUUUUUUUUUUUAUGAGAACAAAUUAGUAAUUAAUAAAAUUAAAGGGGUUUGAAUAGUAA